AUGGAGAGGAGAGUGGGCGGGGCGGCGGUGAGGGGUCAGCGGUGGAACCCUGACUCGGGGCGCCCCUCCUCCCCCGCCGCGGGGGCGGCAGGGCUGCUCUGGGGAGGGGAGCGGGAUAGCCAGGCUGGGGAUGAUGACGAUUUCUACAGCCAGAUGGACGAGAACGGGAUCAUCGGGCUGGGCGAAGCCUCAGAGGAGGGGGCCGAGGGAGACGAGGAGCCACCGUGGGACGCUGGGACCCCCGACCCCGAAUCGGGGUCGCCUGACGGGAUCGAGGACGAGGGGUCAGAGCGGGAGGACCUGAUGGAGGACCUGAGCUACGCCCUGAGCGAGAUGCGGGACUCUGAGCCGCUGUCCCAGUCUCCUCCCCUCUCAGUCUAUGAGGAGAGUGGCCAUGUGGCGACUGAGGACUGGGGUGGAGAGGGAGAGGAGGAAGGGGAAGAAGAGGAAGAGGAGGAGGAGGAGUGGAGGCAAGGGGAGGAAGGAGGCAACAGCUGGGUCAUCCAUGGCCAGCAGCAGGUGGAGUGGCUGCCAGAGAGAGACAGGCAGCUGGACAUGACGGACGAGGGAGAGGGAGAGGACAGAGACUCUGAGGGGCACUCUCAUGGGCUGUCCUCUGUCACAGUGGCCAAGAGGGGUGCGCCCUAUGCCCUCACACAUGAUGAGGGAGGGGAAUUCGGCAGCUUCUGUGAGGGAGAGGAUGGCGAGGGGCGAGAGCUGGAGGAGAGCUUCCCCAUUCAGGACUCGUCCCCAGGUUUAGGCGCUGAGUCAGCACUCUCCCUCACCCUCACCCUCAACCACCCCCACCUCCUCCACCUUUCUGCGGAGCAGCUGGAAAGCGAUCCUGGGAUUGAGGGCGAGACGUUCCCAGAGACUGGCUUCACGGAGAGCCUCCCGGAGUCGUACAGUAGCCGUCUGAGCCGAGCACCAAUGGCAGGCCACCCGCAAACGCCUGAGGACCAUGGAGAUAGCAGGCUCUUCCUCCCAGCAGCCCUUGCUGCAGAGCGGGGGCAGGGAGAGGUGCAAGGUGGAGGACGUGAGGAGAGGCCCAGCAGCUCGUUGCACAUGCCCCGACAGCCCCCAGUUCCAUCACCCAGGAAGAUAAAGCCACAAUUCCCCACCAGGUCCUUCUCACCUCACAAAUCCUGGGCCUCAAUUCCCAAUCCCUCCCCUCAUAGAAGCACAGUAUCUGGGGUACGCAAGAGCCACAGGGCCUCUAGUGAGCUCUCCCCAAAAUCCUCCCCAGGAAGCCCAGACGCUGACAAAGACAGGAGAGGACAGCUGAGUUACCCUGUGCCAGACUUCUCCAAAGUGGAGCCCAGAGUUCGACUCCCCAAGCGUGGAGCGUACAAGCCCCCCAAAAGCAAGGGAUCAGCACGGGGCGGGACCUCAGCGACUGAGCCCCUCCUUAUGUUCAAAUCUCCCGCUGACAUUGUGAGAGAGGUUCUGCUGAGCAGCGCCGAGGACCCCCUGUCCCCUCCGGUCCCCUCAGCCCCCUCGGUCCCGGCCGGCCACCGGAGGCCCGUCGACGUCACCGUGCCCCAGGAGUUCCGCUCCCCGCAGCAGGCCAGCGCCCUCGUGCACCAACUGCAGGAGGACUACAACAGACUGCUGACUAAAUAUGCAGAGGCAGAAAACACCAUUGACCGCCUGCGUCUGGAAGCCAAGGUGGGCCUCUACUCGGACCCCCCGAAACCCAGCCAUUUUGUCCAAUCAGGUACUCUCCUUGGGGGUUCAAAGGUCAUGACCCUAAACUUUCCCCAAGCCCAGAGGGCAGAGCUGGGCCAAGAUGCUAUUCCUCUUCCUCCAGGGAGACAAAACCCAGCCGAACUGCCUGGAGCCUCCCCUGUCAUUUCCUCUCCUCCGGCCUCUACUUCCUCCCGAAGCCUGGUACUUCAAUUUGGAGAACAACUGACUGAAACCCUCGCUAGGCAAGCUGAGAAGUUCCAGGCACAGCUCGACUCCUUUGAAGGUCUUCUGAAGAGUGGAAAACUGAAACCUUUUGAACAGAUGAAGUGCCUCUCCAGUUUGGCGCAGGGUCAGGACUCUCUGGAGCGGGGUUAUAUCAGGGCACGAGAUGAGCAUCGAGUCAUGCAACAGAAGGGAAGAGAGCCAGGCCCCUUCGACCCCGAAAGGGAGGUGGAGGGGUGCAUUUUUCGGUUGGGGAUGCGUCUGGAGGAGCUGAAGGAGCGAGUGGAGCAGGUGGUCCAGGACAGGCCCAGAUCUGCCACACCCCCCUCACCACCCCCUGGUCUUGACCUCCGCUCAGGGACCCUGGGGGCUGGGGGCCCCAUGCCACACCCUGAGAGCCCGGUGUCCCCUGCCCGUGGGGGUUUUGGGGCAUCCGUGGGUGCGGAGGUGAGCUCUGUGAGCGGAGAGAGCGAUGGAGAGGGGGGUGGGGACCCUGAGGAAGGGCUGCCGUCUGCCCUGCCCCCCUCUCUGCAUCACAAACACCAGCAAGUGGAGCGGGACUUCAGCAACCUUAUGGACCAUUACCAGAGUUUCAGAGAGCUUCCCAGACUGCUGGACCUGGGUCUGAUGGAGGGGAGCGCUGAAACCGACUCUGCUAUGGACCAUACGCUAUCCGCCGGGCAAGAUGGGAUAGCCACAGAGUGUGGGAGGACUGAGGCUGGGGAGGACAGGAGGACUCUGACCCCGAUACAGCCAGCGGGAAGUGAGGAGGUGGUGUUAACGCCACCCCCUGGACCCACUGUGGACAAUUCAGAGCAGGGUCCACUGGAGCCCCCCCAACAACCCCUUCCACUUCCAAUGCAACAGGGCAGGGAUGUGAGGAGAGCCGGUGAAAAGUCACACAGCAGCAGCCUGACCAGCUUAGGAGGGAGCCUAGCCUCUGAGCGCCAGCCUUCCAAACGGCAGGGCCAGCACAGGAGAGCCCCCCCUCAGGAUGGGAUUGUGUCCCCAGAGACAGAUAGUGGCUUUUUAGGAUCGGAGAGCAGUCGUCUGACCCCUGCAGUCGGUGGUGCCUCCCAGCAGGGGCAAAGGUUGAGCCACUCUGUCCCUUCGGGAGAGGAAGGGGAGACAUCUCAGCCAACCCCUGCUCAGCUCGCCUCAGGCUCCACCCCUCAGAGGCCACCCUUGGAGGACAGUGUCAGGACUCCCUUGUGUAUCCCCAGGGUCCUGCGGUCAGUGGGAAGAUCCAAGGGGGGCCGCACCCUGCCCCCUCCCACCUCCUCAAUUACCAGCUCCCCCCAGCGCUGGGCCAGCAGUGUGAACAGUGAAUUUGAAGCAGAGAGUGAGCAUGCCCACAGCCUGUCAGAUGGAGAAGAGGGACACCGUGUCCGACACACGAGGUCUGCCAAUCAGCAGAGCCGCCGUCAGUGCAGCCCCUCCCCUACCAUACCCCAUCACCAUGGUGAUCCCCUCAGAGCCCUAGGCUCCAGCCAGCUGACAAAUCAACAUGAGGCCAUUCAGUCUCUCCAGGCAGAAGUUAGCAGGCUGAGGGAGCAACUGGAGGGCAGUCUCAGAAGACCAAACCCAGCCAGCCCCACUAGAGCACCCCCUUCAGCAUUGGAGGACCUCCGACACCCUGACAGUGUCACACCUCACUCCAGGUUUACUCAGUCUUGGAGUGAUGACAAGAGUGAAGCAGAUGAGGGGAGAAGGAGGGAACGGGACAUGGGGAGGCAGGAAGAGAAGAGGGAGCCACCUCUCCCCACCCCCAGAAAGAGGUCCGCCUCUCUUCCGCGUAGCAGACCUGAGCUGGAUAUCACCUCCGAUUCUGAGCAUGCUCAGUCAGUCCCCAAAGCCCGGUCCUCCAGACAUAUCCCAGAAUCCUCUGCAGCACAAGGAAGGAGGAGGAAGCCUUGGUCAGAAACAAUAACGUACAGAGGACCGUAUACAGGCCAGCGGUAUGAUGUGACAGCACCUGGAGACAGUAACAAAACUGACCAGAGAGAGAGGCACUGUCGCACCUGUCCAAACUGCACACCACACCAACGGAAGAGGCCAGGUGGAGGCCCCAUAGCUUCACUUCACACCCACCCCCGUGCUCAACAGUGUCCACUGUGCGGGGGAUCGGUGCUGGACAGGGAUAAAGGGACUGAGCCAGACAUUUCAACGGAGAGAGACUCAGUCACCACCCCCCGAGUCAACCAACCAAAGGACUCCUCCCAUAACAGCACAGGCGUGUUCUGGGCAGCUCCACCCCUUUCUGUGCAAGGCACAGUAGUUCCGUGUGUGCCAGUCUGUCCACCAGUACUGUAUUUCUCUAGCCCCACAUUGAACGGUGCUCCCUCACACCCACAGGCUCUCUGCCUCCCUCUGGAGGGCAGUUUUGGAUAUGCUGUGGACAGGCGACAGGGAGGACGGCAUUGGCGUAGUCGCUCACUGUCUGCUGAUCCCCAGUCUCUCAGCUGCUCCCUAAAUCGCGCCAUUGUGGCGGCCCGUAGUGUGAGGUCAACCUCACGACACAUGGCCCGCUCCUUGGCUGUCGGGCUCCAGCACCAGAAGGCGUUUACCCAGUCUCAGACGUGGUGACGUUCCACCACUAGAGGGCGUCGGUGUGCACUGAGAGCCAUGGACAUGACAUGCCUUUUGCUGCUGCGUGAACUCAGGGUGACUUGUUUUGCACUGUGGUUCAUGGAAGGUUGCAGUCUCCAUGGGUACUACCGAAAAGCUGCUUUUCCAGAGGAUUGUAGAGAAACAGUUCACAUGAACA